UUUGGGAGGAGAGUAGGUUAUCAUUUUAACCUAACGUAAAUGGCUAUGACGCUAGCUAGCUAACGAGGUGUGUGAUGCCAGUUGUUUGGCCGCCCUCAACCGAUGCUCACUGACAGUGCUGUCUUGUGAUCACUCAAACAGCAAGUUCCAGCAUUGCUAUACGAAGCCCCGCAACGGCGAGGAUGUUCCCCCGCCUGGCACAGAGACCAUGGCAAGUUCUCUGCAGGGUCUACCUGCAGCACAGAGCCCCACAUUCACAACGAACACCCAUGGUUGCCCGACCAUGCCACGGUGAGUCUCAUAUGUUCAAGUCAAUGCUCGAUAUACUGUUUGAUGCAUCACACUUUUUGUCAGUGCUAAAUGUGUGUGUGUCGUGGACCUAUGGAAUACGCAUGUUGUUAUAGCUAACACACUCACAGAUUUCCCUACAGGGUGGCACAAUGUAGGGAUGCACAACCUGUGGUUCAGCCAUGACUUCCAUGUAGCCUCUCUAGCAACGGGCCAGGUCCAGUACUAUUGUACCUCAGGCAGCAAUAAGGAUGGCCCCUCUCCUCCUACUACAAAAGUACCAGACAGCCCACCUACUGCGGAAAAGGUGCAAGCUGGAGCAGCACAAGCCUCUUCAGACUCCCCAGGUAAGAGCCACUGUUUGUCCUGUGUUGGCAAUACAUACAUGGGUGUGUUCAAUAGGAAGCAAACUUGUUUCCCCCUAUUGCAAAACAUUUUGCUACGGUGCCCACUAAUGAAUACACCCCAGUUUUCUGUUGAGGCGUAAGAACAGGGAAGUCUCUGUCCCUUGAAGCCUUGCUACAUCAAAAUAGGAAUGAAAAGUAUCAGUCUUUAGAAUGUAGUUGUCUUCUCUUCAAACAUGCUUGACCCUAACCCCUAAAGCAGCUGGAAGUACUUCUGGUAAGUAAGCAUUACGUAUUUAGUUAUUGUGUUCUGUUAUUUUCUUAGAUACUCUGUUUUUGAACUGUGAAAUUCAUUGCCACUCUGUUUAUUUAUGUAUAUGUGUGUAUGUAUAUGUGUAUAUACAUACACACACUACCGUUCAAAAGUUUGGAGUCACUUAGAAAUGUCCUUGUUUUCCAUGACAACAUACAUUAAAUGAGUUUGAGUAGGAAAUAUAGCAAAAUGCAUAGGAAAUGUAGUCAUUGACAAGGUUAGAAAUAAUGAUUUUUAAUAGAAAUAAUAAUUGUGUCCUUCAAACUUUGCUUUCGUCAAAUAAUCCUCCAUUUGCAGCAAUUACAGCCUUGCAGACCUUUGGCAUUGUAGUUGUCAAUUUGUUGAGGUAAUCUGAAGAGAUUUCACCCCAUGCUUCCUGAAGCACCUCCCACAAGUUGGAUUGGCUUGAUGGGCACUUCUUAUGUACCAUACGGUCAAGCUGAUCCCACAACAGCUCAAUAGGGUUGAGAUCCGGUGACUGUGCUGGCCACUCAAUUAUAGACAGAAUACCAGCUGACUGCUUCUUCCCUAAAUAGUUAUUGCAUAGUUUGGAGCUGUGCUUUGGGUCAUUGUCCUGUUGUAGGAGGAAAUUGGCUCCAAUCAAGCGCCGUCCUCAGGGUAUGGCAGGGCGUUGCAAAAUGGAGUGAUAGCCUUCUUUCUUCAAGAUCCCCUUUACCCUGUACAAAUCUCCCACUUUACCACCACCAAAGCACCCCCAGACCAUCACAUUGCCUCCACCAUGCUUGACAGAUGGCAUCAAGCACUCCUCCAGCAUCUUUUCAUUUGGUCUGCGUCUGUUCUUCUUUGUGAUCCGAACACCUCAAACUUCGAUUUGUCUGUCCAUAACACUUUUUUCCAAUCUUCCUCUGUCCAUUGUCUGUUCUUUUGCCCAUCUUAAUCUAUUCUUUUUAUUGGCCAGUCUGAGAUAUGGCUUUUUCUUUGCAACUCUGCCUAGAAGGUCAGCAUCCCGGAGUCGCCUCUUCACUGUUGACGUUGAGACUGGUGUUUUGCGGGUACUAUUUAAUGAAGCUGCCAGUUGAGGACCUGUGAGGCGUCUCUUUCUCAAACUAGACACACUAAUUUAUUUGUCCUCUUGCUCAGUUGUGCACCGGGGCCUCCAACUCCUCUUUCUUUUCUGGUUAGAGCCAGUUUGCGCUGUUUCUGUGAAGGGAGUAGUACAUAGCGUUGUACGAGAUCUUCAUUUUCUUGGCAAUUUCUCGCAUGGAAUAGCCUUAAUUUCCCAGAACAAGAAUAGACUGACGAGUUUCAGAAGAAAGUUAUUUGUUUCUGGCCAUUUUGAUCCUGUAAUCGAACCCACAAUUGCUGAUGCUCAACUUGUCUCAAGAAGGCCAGUUUUAUUGCUUCUUUAAUCAGCACAACAGUUUUCAGCUGUGCUAACAUGAUUGCAAAAGGGUUUUCUAAUGAUCAAUUAGCCUUUUAAAAUGAUAAACUUGGAUUAGCAAACACAACGUGCCAUUGAAACACAGGACUGAUGGUUGGUGAUAAUGGGCCUCUGUACGCCUAUGUAGAUAUUCCAUUAAAAAUCAGCCGCUUCCAGCUACAAUGGCCAUUUACAACAUUAAGUGUCUAAACUGUAUUUCUGAUCAAUUUGAUGUUAUUUUAAUGGACAAAAAAAUUGAUUUUCUUUCGAAAACAAGGAAAUUUCUAAGUGACCCCAAACUUUUGAACGGUAGUGUGUGUUUUUAUUUUAUUUUAUAUAUAACUCAGGGUCAACACCACCACAUGGUCUGACAAAAAUGGAGACAAUUCAAGUGAAAGUGCGGGCUGUCCUUAAGAAGAGGGACUAUGGAUCCAAGUACACCCAGAACAACUUUAUCACUGCAGUGAGAGCUAUGAACGAGUUCUGUCUCAAGCCAAGGUAAACCCUCUACAACAGUGAAUUUAGACAAUGAGGAAUGACUGGAUACAGGGCAAGUCAAUCACAACUCACAAAGGCAAAAUGAUUGUUAUCUUGUGUGUUUUCUACUGGUGCUUGGGUGAUGUGCACAUUGAAGGAAGUUGUAGCCAUCCUUUUCUGUAACCAGUGUAUUCCAGACAUACCAGUGCUGCUUAACAUUACAAGCGUCCACUAAGCUAAUGGGGAAACACACUGUUGUGAUUAUCACAUUAUGGGACAUUAACUUCCAUGUGACUCUUAAUGAUGCAGGGACUCUUAAUGUACUCAGCCCACUGACUGUCUGUCCGUCUCUCUCACUCUCUCGUGUGACCUCAGUGACCUGGUGCAGCUAAGAAAGAUCCGUCGACGCAGCCCCCACGACGACACCGAGGCUUUCACUGUAUUCCUGCGAUCAGACGUGGAAGUCAAGUUAGUACAUUUUACUGAUAAAAUCAUGUCAUAAAAAGCAAGCGUUUGCAUCACCAAAAUAAAUAUCAAGUGUUGGAAUCAUGCACUUUACAGUUGACCAACACAUUGGCAACCUUAUGCCAAUGUGAUGCUAUUAGGUAGACCAUAUUGUAUACGAUACGAAAGCUUUCCAUCAAGCAGUUCUUUCAAUCUGAAUUCCAGAGCUCUAGAUGUGUGGGGAAGUCCUGAAGCCCUUGACAGAGAGCGGAAACUCAGGAAAGUGGAGGAGAGAGAGUACGAAGAGAGUAGGUAUCCUCCACCCUGCACACGCAUUCUGUGACUAACUGUACAAAAACAGGAGGAACGUCUGGACUUGCUCUGUUUAUGAUUUGCUGUGUUUUCUUUUUGUAACCCAGCCCAACCUUGGCUCUAAUGGGUUGUAUUCAUUAGGCAACAGAUUGAAGAAAACUGACUGAAACGGGGAGGGACAAGAAGGCUCAUUUUUAGUUUUCUGUCGCAAAACACUUUUAAAAGUUUACAAUUGCAUGCCCUAAUGAAUAUGACCCGGGCUUAAGCUGCCCGGUUCCUUAGUGGUCUUGAGAGGAAUCACUGAGGGUCUGUUUCCUGUGAGCUUGCACUGUCUGCUUGAGCUCUCCUCACCCCUUUUCAUUGUGUCAUUCAGAUAUUUUCCGGAAUCAGCAGUUGCUAAAGGAGUACAAAGAUUUCUGGGGAAACACUAAGGUGAGUUUAGGCUCCAUGUGACCUGAAGCAGAGUGAUGUUGUUCCCUAUGGAAUGCCAUUAAGCUUAGCUAAUAUUCAAAGAGCAAAUGUAUCCAUAUUUCACAUUUUGACCAGAAGUUUUCUGGUGGUCAUUUGUGGAGAUCAACCAAGAUGUAUUGAAGAUAUAAACGCAACUAUCCACAAUUCCUAUUAUCAUAUUAGCCAUGCUAUAUAAUGUUAUAUAUUUAGCCAUGUCAUGCUAGCCACAACAAAAUGGAUGUACAGCCAGGAUCUCCUGACCAGACUGAAUGUGAUAGACAGAGAAAUGGACACUGUACAUUAGUUACCAGUCCUGCUGGCCGCUACCCAAAACCAGAGCUGUCACUGUCCCUCACGUGAACUUUGACCCAGUGCGGGGCUAUUUAACCCACACAGCCCUUUAUCACUACAUUUACAUGAGUCAUUCACACCGACUGUCAUUGACACAGUGCCUCUGUAUAGUGCCGGACUCCUUUACAGUACAGUACUGCACCCCCCCCCUAGCAUGUGAUGGUGCAUUCUAUACUGUGCUUCAUUUUUGUGUGCUAGAAUAUCCUCUAAAUAUUCUAGCUUUGACUUAGCUAACCACUGUAGCCUAUAUGAAGGGCUAUUAUGGUAAAACGAAAGAUGUGUAGUGUUUUUACAUUGAUGUGUCUAGAUUACUUUUUUGUACCAUUUAGCGGAUAGUUUAUUUUCUGUAGGGGUCAAUUCCACAUUAACCUUGAUUUCAAGAAGUGAAUUUGAUUUUAAAACAUGAAUUAAAAAAUACUCAGUAAAUGUUCUUUUUCAGAAUUGAGUUAAAAUGGAAUUGACCCUAGUGUUUUUCCUAGAAUAAGUCUGAUAUAGCAGACAUGUCUCCAGUAGGCUUGAUUUCCUUUCUUCUCAUGUCAUGUAGCCCCGAUCAGGCAGCAAGAGGGCGACAUUUUCACAAGGGCCGGGGAAGGUGGUGAUGGUGGCCAUAUGCAUGUAAGUCUCCUUUCCCUCGUCUGGUCCCCUCCUCCCAGCAUAGUAUCAUUACUCUGUUUUAUACCCUACUGUGAAGUUGAGUCAUGAAAACUCAUAAAAACACCACACAGAAAUGGCCUAUUAUUCUUAAGAACCCCAGAAUUGUUUUACUGUAGUUACAUUUCAAUUUCUUCAUCCGGGGAUUCAAAUGUAAGUGAAAUAGAAGUUGUUCAGGGUCAUGGGUAGGUUCUUGCACCGGGCUAUUGGAUUAGAGCUAUUGAAUCAGCAGUCAUAUGAGGGUCUCCACUAGGUCUGUUCACAUUGACCCCCAUGUCAGGCAGGAAUUACUGGAGUUAGCAUAAUUCAUUUACAAGACACGGUAUGGGUCUUUUUAAAGGGGCAAUCUGCAGUUGCUACAUCCAUUUUUAGAAAUUAAUUAAAUAAAUGCAUUCUUGAAGAAUAUACGUAACUUUAUAAAUGCCUCAUGAGUUUAGUUCAACUGUCGUACCCCUUCAGAACCCAAAAUAUUACCGUGUUUUACUCCAAUGUUUGUAAACAUUGUAAAUGCACUGAAUAGCCUCAAAACAUGGUUAAAACGCUAUAAUUGUAAAAUCAUGGAUGGUCAGUCCUUGCAUCCAUAGCGCUGUCUAUGAAUUGGAGUGGUUACAUUUCUCCCAUCCCUCAGGCAGAGUGACUGCUUUAUCGUUUCAAUUAAGGAUUCUUGCUUUAACUCUGUCUGGAUACAGCCGCUAUCAAACACAUUGAUAUCAGUUGAUACAUUCAGAAAAUAUACUCGAUCAUGCAAAGAAAAGUUAGUAGAACAAAACAUUUGUAUUCUGUGUUAGAAACACCAUCAAGCACCCAUUGAAUUAUAUUGCAGGUAUAUACAGUACCAGUCAAAAGUUUGGACACACCUACUCGUUCAAGGGUUUUUCUUUAUUUUUACUAUUGUUUACAGUGUAGAAUAAUAGUGAACACAUCAAAACUGUGAAAUAACACAUAUGGAAUCAUGUAGUAACCAAAAGUGUUAAACAAAUCAAAAUAUAUUUUAUAUUUGAGAUUCUUCAAAUAGCCACCCUUUGCCUUGAUGACAGCUUUGCACACUCUUGGCAUUCUCUCAACCAGCUUCACCUGGAAUGCUUUUCCAACUGUCUUGAAGGAGUUCCCACAUAUGCUGAGCACUUGUUGGCUGCUUUUCCUUCUCUCUGCCGUCCGACUCAUCCCAAACCAUCUCAAUUGACCGUGUCCCCAGCAAAGCACCCCCACACCAUAACACCUCCUCCUCCAUGCUUUACGGUGGGAACUACACAUGUGGAGAUAUCCAUUCACCCACACCGCGUCUCACAAAGACAGCGGUUUGAACCAAAAAUCUCAAAUUUGGACUCCAGACCAAAGGACAAGUUUCGACCGGUCUAAUGUCCAUUGCUCGUCUUUCUUGGCCCAAGCAGGUCUCUUCUUAUUGGUGUCCUUAAGUAGUGGUUUCUUUGCAGCAAUUCGACCAUGAAGGCCUGAGUCACACAGUCCCCUCUGAACAAUUGAUGUUGAGAUGUGUCUCUAUGUGUCUUUAUUUGGGCUGCAAUUUCUGAGGCUGGUAACUCUAAUGAACUUAUCCUCUGCAGCAGAGGUAACUCUGGGUCUUCCAUUCCUGUGGCAGUCCUCAUGAGAGCCAGUUUCAUCAUAGCGAUAAUGGUUAAUGGUUUUUGCGACUGCACUUUAAGAAACUUUUAAUGUUCCGUAUUGACUGAUCUUCAUGUCUUAAAGUAAUGAUGGACUGUCGUUUCUCUUUGUUUAUUUGAGCUGUUCUUGCCAUAAUAUGGACUUGGUCUUUUACCAAAUAGGGCUAUCUUCUGUAUACCCCCCCUUACCUUAUCACAACACAACUGAUUGGCUCAAACGCAUUAAGAAGGAAAUAAAUUCCACAAAUUAACUUUCAAGAAGGCACACCUGUUAAUUUGAAAUGCAUUCCAGGUGACCGCCUCAUGAAGCUGGUUGAGAGAAUGAUUCCAUACGUGUUAUUUCAUAGUUUUGAUGUCUUCACUAUUAUUCUACAAUGUAAAAAAAUUGUAAAAUGUAAAGGAAAAACCCUUGAAUGAGUAGGUGUGAUAACUUUUGACUGGUAGUGUAAGGCAGGGUGAACCUUUAACUUCCCUGUGUGAAAACAAAUAUUGUAUUGUCCUCUGAUGUGAAUACGUUGUAAGGUUGAUUGUGUUUUUCUUUCUGCCCUUAGUAAUGGACUGAAUUUCUUCUUCAAGCUCCUGGCUUGGGUGUACACUGGAUCAGCCAGCAUGUUCUCAGAGGCCAUUCACUCUCUGGCUGACACCUGCAACCAGGUCAGAUACAGUGGCUAUGUCCCAAUUAUCUCUCCUCCUUCCCAAAGUGUGCACUUGGUCACUUCUGUUUUGCUGAUUUGAAAGGAAAUGUCUGGUAUUGGAAAUAUUGUGGAAACUCCCCACGAUCCCAUGCCUCAAUCAAUCUGCUGCUUUCAGAUGUGUGGGAAGUAGUGAACAAGUGCACACUUCAGGAGAAAGGAGAUAUUGUUGGGACGCACCCUCUAUCCACUGGCUACCAAGAAAUUCACAUGUCACAUAUCCUGAUAUUGCAAUUAGGGAUGAGUUAGAAUUAUUGAUUUAAUAGAAUUGGUCCCAUCUCUGAUUGCAGUAAAUAACACCAGUUGCCAUGGUUACUUAAAAGUUAGUUGGAAUGUAUGAUAGUCAUUGUAAAUGGUCUUCUAUACAGUAUAUUUUGUAAAGGCAGCAGGGUCCAUUAACACCUCAUCACUCGCUCCUGCAGGCUCUUCUUGCAAUCGGCAUCAGCCAGUCUGUCCGGAACCCUGACGCUGUCCACCCGUAAGGAGCACACCACCGUUAAUUAUACUUAUGGUGUUACUGUCUCGGUUCACCCUCUGCUCCAACGUAUGUGUUUGGUGUCUGUCUGUCUUCCGGAGGGGGUUGAGUGCAGAUAUAAAACAAACUCGGGUUUUCUUCCCUGCCUUAAAGGUACGGUUUCUCCAACAUGCGCUACAUCGCCUCGCUCAUCAGCGGCGUGGGUAUCUUCAUGAUGGGGGCGGGUCUCUCCUGGUACCAUGGCAUCAUGGGACUGCUGCACCCACAGCCAAUCGAGUCUCUGCUUUGGGUGAGUGGUGGCCAUUGUUACCGCGGCUGAGGAGAUCACUUUGGGCAUGGCCAUGUGCAGAAUCGCUAAUCUUGUUCACACAAAUAAGUGGCUGUUUGGGAUGCAAGGUGAUUUGUACAGUGAUUCUACACAAUCCGACUGCAAUGUAGUCUGUAUCAAACAUUCACAUAGUGUUACUGAGUCACUGUUACUCCCUCUUGUCUAUUGGCCAAAGUGGUUGAUCGAACCGUGCUUUUGGAGCGCCGUCCCUCUUAAUAGUUGUUUUUUGUCUCUUGCAGGCUUACUGUAUCUUGGCAGGAUCUCUGGUUUCAGAAGGAGGUAGGUUAUGAUCGGAAGUCACCCUCUGGGGCCAUAUUUAACAAGCGUAGGAUUGCAGUGCACCUUCCCAUUGAACACCUACUGCAUUACAUCCAUUUUAAAUUAAUGUACACAUCAGGGGCUAUCAAGCAUCUCAGAGUAGGAUUGCUGAUUUAGGAUCAGUUUUGCCUUUUAGAUCACAAUUCAUAAGAUUACCUGGACAGGGAGGGGACCUGAUCCUAGAUCAACACUCCUACUCUGAGAUGCUUGAUAGCCCCUGAUGUGUACAUUAAUUUAAAAUGGAUGUAAUGCAGUAUAUGUGUUGACUGGGAAGGUGCACUGUGACUGUUCUAUGCAACCCAUGACUAAUAUAUAUUCUCCUCCCUCCCUCUCAGCAACACUGCUAGUGGCCAUCAAUGAGAUCAAAAAGAGUGCUGGCCAGCAAGGAGUGUCCUUCUACGAAUAUGGUUUGUAUAAUGCACAUUUGUUUUGUAACCUUUUUAUUUGAUGUAUGCAUCAAUGACUUGAGUACCUACCCAAACGCUAAUGUAUCCUAAGUUUUAACAUGACCCCAGUCUUAAAGGGGCAAUCAGCAGUUGCUACAUCCAUUUUUUGAAUCUAACUUCUAAAUGCCUCAUGAGCUUAGUUCAACUGUCAUACUCCAUCAGAACCCCAAAUAUAGCUUGUUUACUCCAAUGUUUGUACACAAAAUAAAUCUAAAGAAAUACUAUCGCCUCAACAUGGUUAAAACUAUAAUUGUGAUAUCAUGGAGGGUCAGUCCUUGCAUCCAUAGCUCAGCCCCAUCCCUCAGCUUUUCACCGAAACGAGGGCGGGGAGGAUGCUUUGUUAUUGUCUACUGCUGAUUGCUGCUUUAAUACUAAACAAUUGUAUAAGUUGAAGUUGUCAGCAUGUCAUCCCUUAACAUAUGUAUGUGCAUCAGUAGUUAUUGUUGUGAUCAGUAAAGCAGUAUCUUGUUUGGUGUUUAGUGAUGCAGAGCCGAGACCCCAGUACUAACGUGGUGCUGCUGGAAGACUCUGCUGCCGUGCUGGGAGUGAUCAUUGCCUCAAGCUGCAUGGGGCUCACCUCACUCACAGGUACACACACAUGGCUGAUCUCGCUUACAGGUACACACACACACACAGUCUUGUACAGCUAACCUUGUGGGGACACACAAUUCAGUCCCUUUCAAAAUCCUAUUACCCCUAAAUCUAACCCGUACUCUUACCCUUACCCUAACCUUAACCUGAACCCAAAAACCUAACCUUAACCCUAAAUCUAACCCUGGCUCCUAACCCUAAAACUAACCCUAGCUCCAAACCUUUAAUGUAAUUCUAACCCUAACACUAAUUCUGACCUUAACCCUAAACCCCCUAAAAAUAGCAUUUGACCUCGUGGGGACUAACAAAAUGUCCCCAGUUGGUCAAAUUUUGUUCGUUUACUAUUCUUGUGGGGACUUCUUGUCCCCACAAGAAUAGUUAAAGACGUCCACACACACACAAAGGGCUCACCUUGUUCACAAGUGUGUGUGUGUGUGUGUGUGUGUGUACACACACUCAGAGACACUAUUCAUUCCCCCACACAUAAACAGGCUCACACAUACAUGUCCCUUCCAGUGGGACAACAUUGCACAACUUGAGUUCUCCAGUUACCCAGCUGUCUGAACUCUGGCCAGUCAGAUUUGAUAUUACCAGUGAACCAAUGCUGUGUAUUUUGAGUCUGAAAUCUAUACAUAGUACUAACAUCCUAUGUAGACUACAAAUGCAGUAAAGAUGAUGACCUGGAACGUGUCCAUAGUCAAGCCACAACUCCUUAUUUAGGCUGUUUCCCAAAUGGCAACCCUAUUCCCAACACAGUGCACUAUAUAGAGAAUAGGCUACCAUUUGAGACACAGCCAACUCUCUCCUGUGCCAGGUAACCCGCUGUACGACAGCCUGGGCUCUUUGGGUAUAGGAACCCUCCUGGGCGCCGUGUCCGCCUUCCUCAUCUACACCAAUACUGAGGCCCUGCUGGGACGCUCCAUCCAGGCCGAGCACGUCCAGAAGCUCACUGAGUUCCUGGAGAACGACCCUGCCGUCAGGUCAGUGGCCCCCUUGGAUGCUGAUCUGGGGCUCAGUUUUGCAUUUCCCCCAAUAAUGGUUAAGGUUAGGAUUAGGAGAGGAGAAGCUGAUCAUAGAUCUGUACCUAGGGGAAUCUUCACCUUGGUGCGGCCUCCUCUAGGCCUCCAUGUCCCCUGUCCCAGGGUUGUUUAUUAACCACAAAACUAAAUAAAAACAGACUGAAACAGGGUGGGACUACCUGGACUUGGUCCAAUAAGAAAUAGGCCUACUAAUUGUCAUUUUCCGCCACGUAGCGUUUGAAAAUGUCUUCUGUCGCAUGACCCUGGCCUCUGUCCCUACAUGAUCCAGGCCUCAGCUCUCAGCACUGACACUAUAGUCCAGGACAGGGUUUCCCAAACUUAGUCCUGGGGCCUCCCCUGGGUGCACGUUUUUGUUUUUGCCCUAGCACUGAUUCAAAUAACCAACUCCUCAUCAGGCUUUGAUUAUUUGAAUCAGCUGUGUAGUGCUAGGGCAAAAAACAAAACGUGCACCCCUGGGAGGCCCAAGGACCGAGUUUGGGAAGCCCUGGUCCAGGAUCAUGCUGGUCCAAAGCAUCCAGCAUGAAAAAUGGGGUCCCUGGUAUUUAUUGCACUUGACAUGUACAUGCUUUGCCCUACUGGAGGUCUGGGAGGGAAGUGUUGCCAAUGGGGCUUUAUGUACAGCUGUAAAGUUGCCCCAUAGACUCCCUUGGGCUUUUCCAUUGAGACUUCCCCCUACACCAGUGGGCCGCCAGUGUUUUAUCUUACUGUCCGCUCUAGUGUUAUGUUGUUUCCAUCAGGAGUGUGACACUAAAGACUUGUGGCAAGCAGAAACAACAACCUCUGCAUCAUUCAAGACUGUUGCUUUGUGAAGUUGUUAAGUUAAUAGUUAGCCAUUGUUAUGUAAAUGCCAGCUGAAAAGUAGCCAGGGCCUUGCCUUGGUUCUAAGUCAGAGCAGGUCCGCUGGAGCCAUGGCCAGAGUAGGAGGGCUGAUUUUAAGAAUCAGUUGUGCCUUUUUAAGAUCACAAUGAAUAAUAUUGUAAUGACAGAGGGGGACUUGAUCCCACAUCAGUACUCCUACUCUGAGAUGUUUGAUACAUGCAGCCCCAGAUAUGCUCUUAAAAUGUAUUUAUGUUAUGGUUUGUCAGUGACCAUGCACAAAUAUUGCACAAGAGUUAGCUACAUAGCUCAUUUACACCUGUGGUCCCUAUUUCAAAAAUAAAAUAAAUAAAUAAGAGAUUUAACCCCGACUUUUUUUUGUCUUUGCUUUGACCAGGGCGAUCCACGAUGUGAAGGCCACAGACCUGGGGCUGAGUAAAGUGCGCUUCAAGGCGGAGGUGGACUUUGACGGGCGGGUGGUGACCCGGUCCUACCUGGAGAAGCAGGACAUCGAACAGAUCCUCCACGUAAGGCUGACGCUAACAAGUGUUUCAUGAAGGAGCUUUGUCUUUCCUUCUGCUUUGGAAAGUUGGAUGCCUGGAUUACUGGGGUUGACUAUCUGCAUUGGUAGCCAUUGUACAAUCCUUUUAAAGCUGCAAUCUGGGAUUCGUUUUUCAGCCAAACGGUAGCACUUCCACUUGUUUUGGUAUACAGCCGAGGGAUGGGGCUGGGGAAAAAUUUGAUUAUCUUAUUUUCUUUUAAAGUGAAUGAAUAUUGCUUAAUGACACAUGACUCCCUGAAUGUAACAGCGCUAGCUAUGAUUAUCUAGUCAGGUAGGUGUGUGUUACUUUGUUGUGGCUUGUAGGACAUCCAGCAGGUGAAGACCACUGAUGAGCUGGAGAACUUCAUGCUGAAGCACGGCGAGAACAUCAUUGACACCCUUGGGGCCGAGGUGGACCGCCUGGAGAAAGAGCUCAAGGUAGAGAGGAGCUGCACUCCCAUUCUCUACGUUCCCUUCUCCCCAAAGUGUGCACUCGUUUAAUCCCCAUUGUGAAUUUAAAAAGUACUGGAUUGGUGUAAUAAAUAUGGUGGGAUCUCCCUCGAGCACAUGCUUACAUCGAAUCAAUGCAUGAAGAACCCAUCCAUUAAUUAAGGAGGGUAAGGAAGUGCACAGUUCAGGGAGAAGUGUAGGGAUUCAGAACCAAACAGUCUCCCGAACAGGCCUGAGUACACUGUUGCAGCUUGUGGGACUUGUCAAGUCCAGUUCAGCAAUAUUUCACACCAGAGACACAUUUUGUAUUAAUUGUUAGUUGGUGAUCAAAACCACAUAUUAACUAAUGCAUACUGUACUGUUAUACAUUGUCAUCCAAGUUGAUGGCUGCCAUUCAUUUAAUACUUUUAUGUGUAAUAUCUAAUGCGUCCUGUUUCUUUGUCACUCAACAGCAACGCAACCCAGAGGUACGGCACGUCGACCUGGAGAUUCUAUAACACUACGGAUCUACGCAGGGAAAGUCGUGCGACUGCAAGAAGGAACUAGAGAAAGGGGUUGGAGGAGAGCCAAGCCGACCUCUGCACUCUGCCUCCCACUGUCUCCCAUCCUCUCCAACCAACUCAUCAGAACAAGUCUUACUGUAGAAUAGUCCU